GUUUGAACUUGAACACGAGCUCAGCAAAAUGACAAGUACAGAGAGGACAAAGUACGCGCUGAUCACAGGCUGCACGCCAGGAGGCAUUGGCCACUUCCUCGCGCUCGAGUUCGCAGAGAAAGGCUUCCAUGUCCUUGCGACAGUUCGCGACCCGGCAAAAUAUACUUCGCCCAACCCGCACAUUACUUAUCUGCCCCUCGAGCUCACCAGCAAUUCCUCAAUCCGCGAACUGCGCACGCGUGUGACUGAAAUCACGAACGGCAAGCUUGACGUUCUCUACAACAACGCUGGGCGCAAUUAUGUAGUCCCUGCUCUCGACUUUGACCAAGAUGAGCUCCACGAGCUGUUUGAAGCCAACGUCUUCUCUGUCAUGCAGAUGUGCAAGGAGUUUACGCCGCUCUUGAUCGAAACCAGAGGCACGAUAGUACAGACCGGGUCCGUCGCGGGCAUCAUGCCUUAUGUCUGGGGUGCACCGUACAACGCGUCGAAGGCUGCGUUACACGUCUAUACGGACACGCUACGCGUCGAACUCGCGCCGCUCGGCGUACGCGUUCUGACUGUUGUUACCGGUGGUGUCAAAUCGAAUAUCGCGAGAACACAUCGUGUACUGCCGCCGGACUCCUAUAUGCAGCCUCUCGCUGCCGAUUAUGAGAGGAGGUUGACGCACAGCCAGCAGUUGGGCAUGGACACGCAGCAGUAUGCGAGAAGCUGUGUGAGACAGGUACUAGGCGGAGGGAGCUGGUUCGGUCGACCGGGAUGGAUUUGGGAAGGCAAAAUGAGCUGGAUUGUAUGGUUUGGGUGGAGCUACUUGCCGCACAGGAUCUUCGAUUGGUACUUUACCUCGGUCUUCAAACUGGCAAAAUUGAGGGGUACUGCAGGACCGGACAAAAAGACAAGGUGAAUGGUGGUUGAUGAAGAGAUGCACACCGAACCUUUCGUAAUCAGUGUAGCUUUGUGUUUGCCUUAAUAUACACUCGUUCAAUGACACUAG